AAAAGCGAAAAGCAGUAAGUAUAAACCAAACAAGGCGUUAGUUAGCUUUAAAUUUUUGAGUCGUUUGAAGGGUCAAUCAGUGGGUAGGUUCGGUGUAACCCAAACCUAAGGCUUGUCUUCCAAACCGCUAGGCUCGGCCUCUAUUUUCUUUGCCUAUAUAUAUGAGUCUUCUCUUCUCUCGGAGCGAGUCAUAGCUCAUUACGUGUAAGCUGAAAAUUCGACGUUGGAUAAGGAUAUUUUUCUCGGAAGGUGAUUUUGAUCUAAAAAACAAAAAACCAUGGCGCUUGUAUCCGGAGUAAGGUCUUCGUUGAAUCCGAACGCGCCGCUGUUCAUCCCGGCGGCGGUGCAGCAGGUGGAGGACUUCUCACCCGAGUGGUGGAACCUCGUCACCACCGCCACCUGGUUCAAGGAUUACUGGCUGAGCCAGCACCAAGGGGAGGACAUCUUCGGUGAGGAGACCGAUGGGAACGACGUCGUUGGAUUGUUGCCCGAUAACUUUGACCUGGGUAUCGAUGAUGAGAUCUUGAAUAUGGAAGCACAGUUUGAGGAAUUUCUCCAGUCUGCUGAGGGCCAAGACUACCACGGUAACAAGGCUGCCAUAGGAAUCACGGAUAAUGGUUUCAGCAAGAAUUCGACGCUGGUGAAGACUCUGAGCAUGCCGAAGGAGAGAGGCUACGUGUCGCCGCGGGAGGCGAUGAAGUGGGAGAAGCCUGCAAAGAUUGUGAGCCCAAGGUGCAGCCCUCGAUUCAUCCAGCAACCUCGUUGAGAUCCAAGGUUGGAUUAGGUUGUUAGCUUUCAACAAAGAAGCAGUGUUUGUUUUUCGUGUAGCUUUUUCUGUAUAGAGCAAGGUUUGGCUCUCUCUUUGUACUUAUAGCCUUGUUCAUAUCCUGACGUCCCCUUGUUUAGCUUUUGACUAUAAUGAAAAUGUAAACAAAAAAAGAAGAAACAGAUAUUGUAAGAGCUCUCUACUUAUAUAAAUGCAAAAGGGAAUUCCAAAA